AUGUCGAUUGCCUCCACACAGAACUCUACCCAGGGACCAUCAACUGAGCUGAAAACAAUGCGAACAACGACCCCAUCGCAGUCGAUGACGAAAGCUCUUCACAAAUCGACCUCACGAGAUACUCGUUUCACGGUGUGUGUGCUGAUGGUGUGCGCAGUUAGCUUUGGGGUGUUGAUGUGUCAAACAGCGGUCUCUGUUCAUUUACCUGGUUUCGCGCUUCUUUUGCAACUCGCCAUUCUCGUUCUUGGUGGAUACAUGUAUGAGUGGACCUGGGUUCAUUCGCGUGGGUUGACACGUGUUCGCCGUGCCUAUUUCGAUGAGACAAACGUCCUCGAAACCUAUAAACCAAGGGAUCGCACACAUGGACAUCUAUUUAUUCCUGAUCCACCAACACCAGGCCCCACACAACCAGCCGAAAAGAGAGUCACUUUUGGAGAAGGCACCGAGGAACACAAUAUCGGUCAUUCGUCGUUCAACGUUCAACGUGAUGUGCACUAUGCAAACGAAUAUCAACGGGCUCUACAAAUGGCAAAAGAACUUGAGAAUCACACGAUGAGUUCGGCCGCCGCUCAGGAUGCUGCCCCGAGUGCAAAACCUCAAGCUGUCUCGAUGAGCGCAUCGACAAGAAGUGGAGCCGAGAAAGAUCAAAAGAGAAAUAACGGACAAGAAGAAAAACAAUAUCUCGGCAAGACGCAGAUGCCGGAGCUGGAAGAAAAAGAUGAGCUAAGAGCGACGCCAUUUGUUUUCAAUGAUUCACUCGAAAUUCCCAGGGACAAUUCAUCGAAUAAGGAAACCACGAUUAUCAAGACACUAAACGACUCAAUCGAAAAUCUCAAAAGCAGCAUCAUCCUAACGAAUCACACCGACGUCCCAUUUCAAAAGACAAUCCCCGAUGACGAUGAAGAGCUUUUCGUUUAUAUGGUGGAAAGUGGCGACUACUCGAACGCCUCCAAGAUCAAGUCGAUUGUCGUUCGGGUGGACGUAACGAACAAGAUUGAUCAAACGGUACUCAACACGUCUAUCCAACACAUGAUCGAACAUCUCGCAGAUCGCCCUAGAAAUUGCCAUAUUUGGCUGAAGACGCUGCAAGCCAACAAAUUGAUUGAGUUUAUUCGGGACAUGCUGAUAAAGCCUGACGUGCAAGCCAUCAGCCGAUCGCUUUUCAGGCUCGAGACGCGAGAUGUGUACACCAAUAUGGGCACCUUCCUCAAAGAUCUAAUGGCGAUACGCGAACAUGGAAUUAGGGUAACGGGAGGGAUGCGUGUAUGGUUCAUACCGCGACGCAAAAAACCCUCGCAAAUUGAUGAAAGCGCAGGGCCAUAUUGCAUCGUUCUGAUCAGCUAUCUCGACAAGACGGUCAUCAAAACCAAAUCUACACAAGCACGCCAUCAGUACAUAACGGUCGACCAACUGGUACAGGCUGAACAUGUGGUGGAAUUUGCCGACGAGGGCCAAAUGUUCGAAUUUGAAGUCGACGCCGAACCAGAAGACCUCAACCCCGUCACAAUGGCUUACGAUCCGAUUCUCUCGUUCAGCGAGUUCUACUCAGUCCUAUCAAAGAAAUUUCCAAAUUCGUGUGAUGCA